GUAUAAACGUUUUUUGUGCUAACGUUUUGGGAACAUUUUUAAAGAACAGAUUACUGUCUGUGAACUAACAUUCUAUUAACGUCACUUAAAGAAUGUUUUUUUAUAACAUUGAGAGAACCUUAAUAGAACGUUAGCCAAAGUCCCGAGAACAUUCCCCGUUAGGUGGGAUAUGAUACCACUUUGGAGUUCUAUGUAUUAAAAAACAACAACAACAACUGUAGCUACUACUAACUGGGACUUGUCACAGCACUUACAUAAUGUCGCCCUUUUGUUGAUUUGAUUGCUUCUAUUGUUCUCAUGUAAGUCGCUUUGGAUAAAAGCGUCUGCUAAAAAAAAGGUAGUUAAAAAAAGAGCAGGCAUUAAUGCGCCAGCAUAUAAAGUAUCAAUGUACACUCUUAAAAAUAAAGGUUCCAUAAUGGGAUUUUCGCAUUGAUGGCAUGGUUCCCCAAAUAAUCUUUACAGUUCUUAAAAAAGAACUAUUUUUAAAAAGAAUAUUUCAAAAGAAUUCCCAAGAACCUUUUACUUUAAGAGUGUAUUACCACUGAACCAUGACUGUACCGCCGUGGUAAGGGACAGAUCUGUAGCGAGAGGUGCAGUGGGGGAGUGCGUUAGGAGGGAGGGUUGAUGAUGAUGAGGAGGAGGAGGGUGUGGGACCCGGAUGCUGAUGCGAGGAACCAGAACGGAGAAAAUAACGCUUUUCAACGCAAAUAAACCGUCAAGACGGACAAGAUAUCAGCGAUCAGUGCGCAACGUAUAAAUCAGCAUCAAAAACAUCAAAUCCCAUCCCCAAAAGUGCACAGCGGAUGCGAGCGUGCGCGGGACCGGCGGGAGAGGACACGGCGGAGAAGAGAAGGAUGAGGAUGCUGCGGUCCGUGCGGCAGGAUGGAGCUCAACAUCAGCAGCAGAGAUGAAACAGAUCUGCUAGAUCCGCUACAGUGAUGCGAGAGGAAGCAGCCAAACCUGGAUCUCCUUACUGUGACAUACACGAUCGGACUUGAGUUUUGGCCAGUGUUGCUACAUAUGAAACGGGAUUAGAUUUACCUGUUUGUUUAACAGUAAAUGGUAAGAUUCUGGUUGCUUUACCUGUGAUUUGGGCCUAGCAUAAGUGUACUGAAGGCUUGUGCCCACUUAUAUAUUUUACAUACACUAGUAAAGAGGAGUUUCUAAAUGGUGUUUGUUAUGAGGUGAUAGAUAGAUCUAGAAGCACUGGUCAUAAGGAGCUACUAACAGGAUCUUAUCAAUACUGCACCUGGCUCUCUGUAAUGGCAUGCGCUGUGAAUUAAAAGUCUGAGAAGGGUGACUUUGAUUUAGGCUGCUUCUGUGGACCUAACUGUAUCUUUGCAUUGCCAUCUGUAUCUUUCCACUCGUCUACAUGACUCACAAUACAAGUCAGAGAGAUUUCAGAAUAAUUAACAGGCCCGUGUGACUGUUGCCGAGACCGAUUUUAGGGAACCCCAAGCUCAGCAUGGAUAUAUUUCCGGGUUGUUGCAGACCCCUGCAAGACUAUUGUAGAAAAACCCAGCUUAGAAACAGUAGGCUGUGAUAAAAUUGCAUGCAGUAGCAAGUUUAACAGGGAGCCAGGCCGCCACUAUGUCUAAGGAACUGUCAGUGACCCUGGCAGCUCAGUAUGUGGGGCCGUAUCGACUAGAAAAGACUCUCGGGAAGGGCCAGACAGGUCUGGUGAAACUUGGGAUUCAUUGCAUCACUGGUCAAAAAGUAGCCAUCAAAAUAGUCAACAGAGAAAAACUCUCAGAAUCUGUGUUGAUGAAGGUGGAGAGAGAAAUUGCUAUUUUAAAACUGAUUGAACAUCCACACGUGUUGAAACUCCAUGAUGUUUAUGAGAAUAACAAAUACCUGUAUUUGGUAUUGGAGCAUGUUUCUGGUGGAGAGCUGUUUGACUAUUUGGUGAAGAAGGGCAGACUGACGCCUAAAGAGGCACGAAAGUUCUUCAGACAAAUCAUAUCUGCUUUGGACUUCUGUCAUAGUCACUCCAUAUGUCAUAGAGACCUGAAACCAGAAAACCUUCUGUUGGAUGAGAAGAACAAUAUCAGGAUUGCAGACUUUGGCAUGGCCUCACUACAGGUGGGAGACAGUCUGCUGGAGACAAGCUGUGGAUCUCCUCAUUAUGCAUGUCCAGAGGUUAUCAGGGGUGAGAAAUAUGACGGUCGACGGGCUGAUGUAUGGAGCUGUGGAGUCAUUCUCUUCGCUCUGUUAGUGGGCGCACUGCCCUUCGACCAUGAUAACCUGCGGCAGCUGCUGGAGAAGGUGAAGAGUGGAGUGUUCCACAUGCCCCAUUUCAUCCCACCCGACUGCCAGGCUCUGCUGCGGGGCAUGAUCGAGGUCAACCCUGAAAAAAGACUCACGCUAGAGGCCAUCCAGAAACAUGCCUGGUAUCAAGCUGGACGCAAUGAGCCGUGUCCGGAGCAGCCGCCCCCGAGGCGUGUGUGUAUGGGCCGAAUCAUGUCUCUGACAGAGCUGGACCCGGAUGUGCUGGACAGCAUGUAUUCUCUGGGGUGUUUCAGGGACCGGGUUAAACUGGCCCAAGACUUGCAGUGUGAAGAAGAUAACCAAGAGAAGAUGAUCUAUUAUCUCCUGUUAGACCGUAAAGAGCGCUAUCCCAGCUAUGAGGAUGAGGAUCUUCCUCCCAGAAAUGACGUCGACCCUCCACGGAAGCGUGUAGACUCACCCAUGUUAACCCGUCACGGCCGCUGCCGGCCAGAAAGGAAGAGUCUGGAGGUGCUGAGUGUGACGGAGCAGGGCUCUCCCACACCCCCGCGCAGAGCGUUGGACACCUCCUCGCACAGCCAAAGAUCUCGAUCUGUUAGUGGAGCAUCAACUGGCCUUUCUUCUAGUCCUCUGAGUAGUCCCAGGAGCCCUGUCUUUACCUUCAGCGAGCCAGAGGUAGUUGCCGCCACCAAAGCGGGAAGCGGCAGCACCGCCGCUCGCCCCAAUCGAUCGCAUGAACCCAAAACGCAGACGCUUCCAUCUAAAAAUGCACCUGAACGCCCCCAACUCCAGUCCAUGAAGUCCCUCCCCCUGCCCGCCUCCACUUCCCGCUCUCCCUCCCCUUCUCCCCUCUUGUCACCCAUUCCCCGUUUCCUCUUCUUUCCUUCUCCAUCUGCAGUGCUAAAGUCGGUGACUAAAAGCUUGUAUCCCAUGUCUCAGGUCACCCCUCAGGGCUCUCCCCUGCCAACCCCCCUGGGUACCCCUGUGCAUCCCCCACCCCCCACCGCUACCCCACCCUCCUCCUCCUCUUCCUCUUCUUCCUCCCGAGCCGAGGGAGGAAAUGUGGGCGUGGGCUCACUCUCCUUGACCCCACCCUCUAGUCCAGGGGGAGGCGGUGGCAUGGCGGCCAGUAGCUCCGCCCACUGGAGGACACGCCUCAACUCAUUGAAGAACAACCUGUUGGGGUCGCCGCGGUUCCACCGCCGCAAGCUGCAGGUGCCAACCUCAGAGGACAUGUCCAGUUUAACACCAGAAUCCAGCCCAGAGCUGGCUAAAAGGUCCUGGUUUGGGAAUUUCAUCAGUUUGGAGAAAGAAGAGCAGAUUUUUGUGGUCAUCAGAGACAAACCUCUUAGUUCCAUUAAAGCUGAUAUUGUCCAUGCCUUCCUCUCUAUUCCCUCCCUCAGUCACAGCGUGAUCUCUCAGACGAGUUUCCGAGCAGAGUAUAAGACUUCUGGAGGUCCAUCUGUCUUCCAGAAGCCUGUCAAAUUCCAGGUAGACAUCUCCUUCUCUGAGGGGGAAAGAGAGCGGGAGCAGGAGAGAGAGAGGGAUGGACAGAAGGAUUUUGGAAUUUACAGUGUAACUUUUAGCCUCAUAUCAGGUCCAAGUCGCAGAUUUAGAAGAGUUGUUGAAACGAUUCAAGCCCAGUUGCUCGGUGCUCAUGAUCAGCCCAUGGCGCAAACCCUUUCAGAUGAGAAGAACGGUCGCCCUCCAAGAACACCAACCAGACAAAACUCCCGGCGCUCAGAGGGCGGAGGCGAUCGCUGCGAAUGGGUGGAGCGCGGCGAGGCCGGGGUUUUACUCCAGCGCAGGGGGUCGGGAAAAGAAAGAACCCGCCUGCUUUCCUCCAGUGGAACACAAUCACAGCCCUGAACGAGAAAAAAUAUUGUGAAUAAUCAGCUAUCCAUCAAGAUGUGAUGAGCCAUGAUAUGAGACAAAACUACUUUUUCUUUUCCCCUUCUCACCUCAGAACAGCAUGAUGGUAAAAUGUGUUUUUAAAGGAGCUUUUUGAAAGCCUAAUGAAACCAAAUACUGAUACACGAACAGUGCAAGAACAUGGGAUGCAAUGAAGCAAGAAUCAUCUCCACUGAACAAUAACUCAACAUAAACUUCUGGGAUCCGAGGAACACCUCUGAAAUUGGUUUAAUUUGUCAUCCUGGACAAUGCUUUGAUUUAUGCUGUAUUUUCUCUCAUGUGAUUUGGAUGUAAUGUGCAAAGCUUGAGUCUUUAGAGUUUGUAAUGGCAUUCAUGAAAGGUUCCGGUUGUGGGUAGCACACCAUCUGUUCCUUACAGUCCUGCUAUCUGUUUCAGCAAUCGGAGUAAUUAGAGCAACAGAGAUCUUAGUCCAAUUAGUCUGAAUUUUUAUCCUGCAAAUCAUGUUUUUAAAAAAAAAAAAAAUAUU